AGUCGCUUUAAAUAUCGUGACGUCAUCGAAUAAUGCGGCCAUCGUGCGAGAACUAAAACGCCGAAAAAUCACUAAAUUUGGAUGUAAGACGAUUUUUUGACCAGAGAAGUUUUUUGGACCUCCCAGUUUUUUCAUAUAAAGACCAUUCCUUGGUAGGAAAAGAGAAUCCAGGACAGUUUUUUCCAACUUUCUCUGCUUUUUGUAACCAAGAAAAUCAGCUACCCACACGUAACAGCAAAGAUGGCCGAGCACGACAAUCCAAACAAGACGAACCUGAUCAUCAACUACCUUCCACAGACGUACUCGGAUGAUGAGAUGUUCACCCUCUUCUCGACCAUAGGCACCGUCGUUAACUGUCGCAUCAUUCGAGACAAGUCAUCUGGAUACAGCUACGGAUUCGGCUUUGUGGAAUACUCCACUCCGCAGGAAGCCAUGAAUGCCAUAGAGUCUCUGAAUGGCUGUGAGAUCGAGAACAAGAGAAUUAAGGUGGCCCUUGCUAGACCUCCUGGGGAAAAUACCAAGGGUUCUAACUUGUACAUUAGGAAUGUUCCUCAUAACUAUGAUGAGCACACACUGCAGGAUCUCUUUUCUCCUUAUGGGAAUGUUAUCCAAACAAGAAUCCUUAUGGAUCACAAUACAGGCAUGUCUAAGGGUGUCGGCUUUGUACUUUUUGAAACAAAGCCUUGCGCAGAACAAGCUAUGAAUGAUCUGAACGGGCAGGUUCCACCAAAUGGAACACAGGCCAUGUCCAUAAAGUUUGCAGAUGAUAAUGCCAAAAAAGUUCGGCCCCCGCAGCAAAUGGGCGGAUAUGGGGGUGGAUAUGGUCAGUUUGCAGCUCCACGCCCGGGGGGUCCAAUGAGGGGCCCAGGGGGCAGUGGGGGUAGGAUGAGGUACAACCCUAUGGCGGCGGGCCCAACAAUGUCCAACAAUGGUUAUGGGGCUUACUCUGGGGGUUACCAGGGGGGCUAUGCUGGUGGGGCUGGGUCAAUGACUCCUAAGAGGGGAAUGGGGGCCAGAAUGGGUAAUCCAGCUAGGGGUGGAGCCAGGAUGGGGGGUCAAAUAGGUGGACCUGCUGCUGGACAAUUCGGACAAUUUGGGGCUGGGGAUGCAUCCACUGAUGAUGGUUUCAUCUUGUUUGCAUACAACAUAGGCACUGAUGCAACAGAAAAUGAUAUUUGGAAUCUUUUCUCCCCAUAUGGCACAAUUAAGAAGGUCAAUGUUAUCUGGGACCAUCAGCAGAAUAAGUGCAAAGGUUAUGGCUUUGUUACCAUGUCAACCUUGGAAGAGGCAAAAUAUGCCAUCGAGUAUUUGAAUGGCUUCUAUUAUAAGACUGGCCCCCUGCAAGUUUCCCUUAAGACUGACAAGAAGUAAGAUGCUUUCCUAUUGGUUUUAUGAGCACUUCUUUGGAAAUAACAAAGAUCUGUUAAUCCCUCAUAAUUGUUAUUGAUGACUGAACUUUCUUCUAACACUAGCAGCAAAAAAGGAGUUUGUACCUAAUAACUAUUGGUCAAAGUGAAGUGUUCUUUUGACAACAAAAACUAUCCAGUACAAUGAACUUUGAUACUUGCAAAUUGUUGAAAGACAUUGUGUAAAUGUUCAUGUAUACCUGCAUCACAUUGUAACAUAAUGUAGUAGAGUGACACACAAUAAUGUCUUUGUAUAAUGAACUUAUGUUUUUGUUUGUGUAGAUGUAUGUUACAUGUUUUUCAUCUGGUUGCAUUUUGUACUUCAUUGUGUUAGUUCAGACAAGUGCUUGUGUAAUUGUACAUAACUUUCAUUGCCACCUUUUCAUGCAGUAGACUAUGUUUUGAGUAAAAGGAUGAUAACAUUGUGGAGCCAUGGUAUCAACAAAAAAUGUAGUGAUUUUUAUAAUUAGAACAGAGUUUGAUUGGCAAAAACAAACAAGAAAAGUUUUGCCUAAACAGACUAAUCAAGCUUUAAUUGAAUUUGAUAUUAUAAUUAUAAGGAGGUAAAUUGAAAACUGAUUGUACAAUAUUUGCGUUCAUAAUACAGUCCCUUUAUUGGCAGCUUUCUAAUCAAACUUAUUCCAAUCCAGUGCAGAUGCAUUUUUUCAAAUGACCAAAUUAUUUUUUUCCACAGUUUUUGAAACUGAAUUCUGAUUUCAGUAGUUUGAAAUAUUUCUCCUAUAUAUUGUCUUGUAAACAUCGCAAUUCAGUAUUGAAACAUCCUAUUAUUGUCAGACCUUCACCCAUGCAAAUAUGGUAAUAACAAAUAUAUCAAUAUAACACUUGUCUGAAAAAUCAUUUACGUCGUAUAUGUACAAUUUUCAGCUUUCAUUCAUUUCAUGUUAAAUUGAUUUCAUUGGCAUAAAAUAUUUCAUUCAUUUUAGAAAAUAUUGAUUACCAUAAGCAUCACAAUUGUUUCACUGAAGCAAACGCAACAUUUUCAUCAUCUCUAGAAGUUAUAAAUCAACUGUUUUGGCCAUUGUUUCUGUUCAUGUUACUUCUGUUUAAGUAUUAUUGAGUCAGUGGCUGUUUAAUUGUGUUCAUAGCUGAAAAAAUAAAAUUCCGAAUAAUAA